AUGUCAAGCAAAGUAGAAUAAAUAGAAGCAAAACGUGAAUCCGAUGAAGAAAAUGAUAGUUAAUCAGAUGCAGAAAUAUUUGAAGAUUAUGACAAGGCUAAGUUGACAUAUUUAUAAGAUUAAAUGAAAGUUGAAUUAAACCAAUAGAAUAUGAUUGUAAUUAAUAAAGAAGAUUCCCAAAGAAAAUGUAUGAAAGCUUAAUCUGUGUCUAGAAAAAUUAAAGUUUAACCUAUUUUCAUUAUAAAUAAAAGUAUUUAGACUUUAUUAUUGGUUUAAGAUUAAAAAAAAUUAUAUCCAGAAUUAAAUAUUCAAAACUGGGAGUUCACUAAUAAAAAAAAUUAAUCAACAGAAAAUAAAACUCCUUUAUAACAAAAAGGAAAUAAAAAUAAAAUUUCUUAAUCAUCUAGAUUUGCAUCCAGCAAUAGAACUGCUUUUCAUUAAGGAACAUCUCCUAUUAAUUAAAAUAAUUAAUAAAUAAAUAUAUCUUAAUAAAUUUAAUAAACAAAUCCUGUAUAAAUUUCAUAAAAAUUGACUUCCAAUAACUUUCCUUUUCUGGACAAUAAUAUUUAAUUAUCAACCCCUUAAUAUUUACCCUUCAUUACAAAUCUAAUAAAAAGGAAAAGAAUUAUGACAAUGAUUUGA